UGAACUUUGACUGAGAGACACCCACAGGAAGAGACAGGCAGGCAGAGGGAGAGACAGAGAGACAGAUCCUUCUAGGAGGAUACAAAGAGAUACCCACAGGAAAAGGCAGACGGGGGAGUAAGACACAGUAAAAUAUACAUUUCCCCAGACAGUGAGACACCCACAGGUAAAGACAGACAGCUGAUUGAGAGACACACGGAAAGAGACAGAUCAUAUAUCAGGGAAUAGAGAUAGAGGAGAGCACCGAGAACAGAGAGAAUCCAACAGAAAAAGACUUGACUCAGAAUAGAUCCAUGUUAUAAAUAAUAAUUUGCUCAGUAAUGUGAAGACACAGAGAUAAAUUGAGAGUGAGAAACUUCUCUGUGAAAAACUACAGAGACAUUGUCAGAGCUUGAAAAGAAUUCUACAGGUAGCAACCAUGGCAAUGCGUGGACUGGUUGACACGGAAUGCGGAGGUGCCAAUCCACUCAUGAAACUGACUGGCCACUUCACUCAAGACAAAGGCCUGCGGGAUGAAGGUUUGCAGCACGUUGCCUGGCCACAAGGAGCGGCUGCUAUCUCAAAGCCUCUUGGUGAAGCCACGGAAGAUGAGCUUGUGUCAGAGUUCCUACAGUCUCGUGCUCCCUUGUUACACUCGCGUGCUCCUCACACCUUUAAGAUGGAUGGUCUUUUAGCAGAAAUGCAACAGAUCGAGCAGAGCAGCUACCGACCUGAGCCACUGAGAGCUCCAGGUGUGGCUGAUCUGGCUCUUUCUGAGCAUUGGACAGAUGAGUUCCUUGGGCCACAGGCUGAUCCCACGGAGGAAGAAGAUUGGAGCAGAGAAUUCACGGAGCAGACAGACCCACAGUCUUCCCCAUCCCGCUGGGCUGAGGAAUAUUUACAACAGUCAGAAGAAAAGCUUUGGUUGGGAGAGAAUGAGGGAACAAUGGCAGAGAAAUGGUCAGAGGAAUAUCAGCCAGAUAAUGAAUUACAGAGAGAAGCUAAAUCUCUUCUUUCCCAAGUGACUGACCCCAAACUGGCCAACAGUCAGUUUCUGCAGUUUGUGAGGAAGAUAGGGGACGGAGAACUGUCUCUCGACCAAGCUCAAGGCUCUCUUUCUCAGACGGACUCUCAGGCAGAGCAGUGGUCAGAGCAGUUUGUACAAGAGCAGGCUGUUUCUGAGCAGUGGGUUGAUCAGUUUGCUCCUUUGGAGAAGGAAUUUGAGACGGCCAAGUCUGCAGUAGAGGCAGAUGUGGAUUUUUGGGACAAGCUACAAGAAGAGUGGGAGGAAAUGACGAAGAGAGAUGCAGAAGCUCACCCUUGGCUCUCGGACUUUCAGGACUUGUCUUCCAAAUCCUAUGACAAGGGCUAUGUUUUUGAGUCUGAUAAUCCUUUUUCCGAGGAGCAACGCCCAUUUGAAGAGGGUUUGAAACGCCUGCAAGAGGGAGACCUGCCCAGUGCUGUGAGACUGUUUGAAACUGCUGUGCAGAGAGACCCGCAGCAUAUGGAGGCUUGGCAGUAUCUCGGUACCACUCAGGCAGAGAAUGAACAGGAACUGGCAGCAAUCAGUGCUCUGCGAAGGUGUCUCGAGCUGAAGCCAGAUAAUCUGAGCGCCCUAAUGGCUCUUGCAGUAAGUUUCACCAACGAGUGUCUCCAGCAGCAAGCAUGUCAGACACUGCGGGACUGGAUGCAGCACAACCCAAAAUACAACCAUCUGGUGCCGGAGGAGAGUACCAGCAAAGACACACAAAGGUCACGGACAUUUGGAACCUUGCUGUCUGAUUCCUUGUUUUCAGAGGUGAGGGAGCUGUUCCUGUCUGCCGUGCGUUCUGACCCAACCCAAGUGGAUCCCGAUGUGCAGUGUGGACUUGGCGUGCUGUUCAAUCUUAGUGGGGAAUAUCAAAAGGCCGUGGACUGUUUCACUGCUGCUCUAAGCCAGAAACCAGAUGACUAUUUAUUGUGGAAUAAACUGGGUGCCACGCUUGCGAAUGGUAAUGAUAGUGAGGCUGCAGUGGAAGCUUAUCGACGGGCUUUGCAACUGCAGCCUGGGUUCAUCCGCUCUAGAUACAACCUGGGGAUUGCCUGUAUUAACCUUGGGGCACACAGGGAGGCGGUGGAACAUUUUCUCGAGGCUCUCAGCAUGCAGCAGCAAAGUGGUGGAUCGGGAAAUGCUAUGUCUGACAAUAUUUGGAGUACCCUAAGGAUGGCGCUCUCCAUGCUUGGACAGAGUGACCUAUAUUCUGCAGCUGACUCUCGUGAUCUUACUACCCUACAAGCAGCAUUUCCACCCCACUCAUCCAGCACUCAAUGACCAUACCUUGACCCACUGCCAUGUGAGUGCAUGCUGAAUGGUCACUCACAGUGUACUGCAUCUGGGAAAUUAGAACCCUUAUAAUGCACUGGAUCAUCUCAGUGUUACAGCCUGUGCGGAGCAGAGUGGCACCUCUACAGAGACUCUUGUGGGCUGGUAAUUCUCCCCCAAGUCACCUGUGACCUCACUCCAUUGACUGGUAUGGAACUUUAAAAAAACAAAACAACUUGGUUCUGACUUUAAUUAACGGUUUAAUUUAACUUAAUUCCCAUCAUUAUGCAAUGAGCGAGAUACGAAUCUGUCAUCUAUUAUGAAAAUAUGAAGAUCUCCCUUGCAUCUCCACCAACUGUUUGCCUCUCUACAUGAAUCUAAGGACGUACAUGUGUGUAUGAUCUGUUGAGGCAGUUUAAUACAUUAGGAAGUUUAAUCCUUUCAGUUACCAUGCAUAGUGACAUAAAAACAGGUGUAGGCAUACACCUGGGGUUUGACCCCCCUCACCUAUCAUCAUGUAUCACAGGACAUGUGAGAGCAAAAGAUUUAAGUGUGAGGCUCAGCCUUUGUUUACUACAUGCUGCGGACUCUUAGCAACUUCAUGUAAGCCCUGGUACUAUUUAAAAGAGCAGAAACUCUGACCCGUCCACUAUCUCUGACCUCCAGAUUGAAAACCAUGUGAGUAGCUUUGACCUCCAGCUCCACAAUCCAGGCAGUGGUACCAUCUUUCCUACACACUACAGGAUCAGAAAAUGAGUCAUUCAGUGUUUGCACUAUUUUUGAAAAUAAAGGGUGGUUUUGCUGCAGUUAUCUGCUCUUUGGGUUUCAGGAAGAUGCAGCCAGCCUGUGUCGCAAAAAAAGUAUUUUGCAACCGAUCUAUGUAUGUGUAAGCCAGUCCUGCGCGAAGAAUAUUGUUUUUUUUUUUUUUUUUUAUAUUCUUAAUAUUAAUAGGUUACUAUAAACAAUUUGUUUUGAGCAGCACGAGUCCUUGAAGAUCUGAUCAGUCUUACUCAUCCCCAUUUUUGUAAUAAAGAAAGGAGGAUUACUUUCUCCCGACAAAAAGAAAAUACUUCAGUGAUGAUAAAUAUUGUAUAACAGAAACAACCAUAUGAAACCAACGUAUGUGCAAUAAUAUAGAUGCUCCCACCACAGCCAUCAGCUCUUACAACUUUGAGUGUUCAAUUCAAUUGAUGGAUACAGGAUAUAAAAUAUUUAAUAUCUGCCUGAAGACAAAAUCUGAAUUGUAAACAUGCUGUGGGAAAUUUGUGCUCUGUGAAUAAUUUCAUGUCUGUAAGGUGAUAAAUUGUACAAUAUUUGUAAUAAUAAUAAAAUGUAUAUGAUCUAGAGUUACAUUGAAA